CCGCUGUAAACACCAGAGCUGGGAGGAAGGCUGGUGUGGGCGGACGUGUGUGUUUAUACUUCUUGUGUAAACUUUCUGCUCUGUUUACAAGGACACGGAGACCAUCACCUCUUACACCCACUCAACGGAGACAAGAGCCAGGAGAUGUGACGACCCAAGGAUGGAUUCUCACAAGAUUUACUUCCCAUCAACAACAACAACAACACCAUUUUAUGCAUGGAUUACACCCACAACUUACCGGAGCAGUACCCAUGUCAUUGAGGUAGACAUAUUCCUUGUUAUCAGGAUCAAAGUCAACCAUCGCCGGCCACCAUGCUGUCCCAACCACUCGUGCCCACACCACUAAAAUGGGUAACAGAAAUGAGAAGAUCUGACUGGUCCUUUACUCCACAUGUUUGAGAAUCUAGAGUCUCCUCAUCACUAUCCACCCCACACCAAGGGACGUCAUCAGUGGGAUCUUCUGUCACCUGGGUGGGAGCUGGUGGUAGAGAGCCGGUACCCAUCUCCCCCUCCUCGCUGCAACAAAUGGAGAACGGUGGCCAGUCCACUACUAGCAGAGCUGGAGAUGAGGUUCACCCCGCCUGCACCAGAAGGCCUUGCAGAGACUCCGUGUCAUCCCAUCCAUCUUGGUAACCCUGACACCAACAGAAGAAUACAAGAGCUGGUUGACUUCUACCGGGAGGACCUUGCAGUAUCAAGAGUAUUGACUGGACCAAUGCCCAAACAACCAAGACAGUCAAACCUCAACAACAUUAAUAUUUGAAUCAGUAAAAUACUGUUUACUUCUGUCAAAUAAGUUACAUCAUAGGCAGGUAUAGCCCUACAGCACUGAGCUAUAAGGCGAGAGAACUUGAUUCUUUUAGACUUUCAAACGUUCUGUCUAUUAACAAGAUGUUCUAAAUACAAUUUUAUUGUGCAUUACAUUACUUCCUGAAUUACUAAAAUGUCAUUUCAUUCCAAUAAGGUUUUCCUAACAAUAAAAACAUUAUUGUAUAUGACCAGACAUUAUAUAUAUACUGUUUGUGUGUUAAACACUGUAUUUGUGUAUUUGUGUUAAACACUAUGUGACCAGACAUAUUAUAUAUAUAUACUGUAUGUGUGUGUUUAUGUCAAACCCUGCUUAUACAUGGGUACUGUAUGUGUGCUUGUUACACUUAAAAAUACAACUUUACACAAAAUUAAAUAGUUAACAACAAA